AUCCCAACUCAAUGCAUCAAGCCAAACACUUUGAGAAGACCGACCCUCACUCCAGUUAUUACAAUGAUUACACUUCAAAUGCAAGGAAAGAUGGGAGGUGUACCAUGGAAGGUUGAUGUUGACCCAAUCUUCGCUGAUGGUAUGACUGUUGGUAUUGAUGUCAUCUCAGCGGGCAAGGAUAGAGAGAUUGUUGGCAUUGUGAGCAGUGUUGACAAAGAGUUUACUGUUUACAAGAAGAACUCAGUUGUUGAAAAGAAGGGACUCCAUCUCAGCGGCAUUCACAUUGAUGAGUUCAUGAGAGACGCGUUUGAGGAGUACAAGAAAAUGAAUGGCGCAUAUCCAAAGAAGCUUGUGGUGUACAGAGGUACAGUCAACAGCGGAGAUCUCAAGAACUUAAAGAACGGAGAGAUUGCUGUUAUAAAGAAGACAGUCGAGGCUGUUGCCCCAACCACCGAAUUUGUAUACAUCACUGUGAACAACAAACACGACAUGAAGUUCUUUGCUAAGGACCAAAACGACUUUAUGGGUCCACUCCCAGGUACUGUUAUUUCCGAAGGAGUCAUCAAGAAUGACUUGUUCCAGUUCUAUUUGGUUUCACAUGUUCCAAAGAAGGGUAUGGUCAAGCCAUCGCUCUACUUUGUUCUUGAGAAUUCGUUUGCAAACAUCAACCAAUCAGCGUUGUUCAACUUCACAUACCAACUUGCUCAUUUGUACUUCAAUGGUACCAACUCAGUCUGCUUCCCAACUUCAUUGUAUCAGGCGAACAAGUUCUGCAAAAUGUUGAACGAGUGUGGUUAUGUCGAAGGGACUAGAAAGAAACAGCAACAAGGAGGAUCGGGAAGAGGCAGAGGAUACCAGGGAACAUCACUCAGAGGAAGAGGGUCUGAUAGACGCGACUUCCGUGAAGACAACAGAAGAGUCGACUACCGAGAUGACAGAAGAGGAGCUGAUAGACGUGAUGACAGACGCGACGAUUAUAGAAGAGAUGAUCGACAUGAUGAUUACAGAAGAGAUGCGGACAUUUACAGGGAUCGACGUGAUGAUUACCGUGACGACAGAGACAGUAGGAGGGAUGAAAGAAGAGAUGACCGAGGAUAUCGUAGAGACGACAAGGACGAUUACAGAAGAGACGAUAGAGACUAUCGCAGAGAUGACCGCCAAAGCGAGAGACGUGACGACUACAGAAGAGACAGCCGAUACGAUGACAGAAGAGAUAGUCGUGACUCUGGACGCAGAGAUGAUUAUAGAAGAGACACCAAAUACGAUGACCGCCGCGAUGACCGAGAUAGCCACAGAGACAACGACUACAGAAGGGAUGACAAGAGAGAUGAUAGAGAUAGACGUUACUAA